AUGGGUCGCCGGCCUAACCAGGUGAUCCAGCAGUACUUCCAGCGGGGACCUAAGCUGGCAGACAAUUCCAAUAGAUAUCCCCAGACUUGCAAACUCUGCGGCGAAAACUUCCCCAAGGGCCGAAUCGACAGCCUGACCACCCAUUUGACGAAGCGAUGCCCCGCCAUAUCCGAACAAGACCGCAUUAAUGCCUGCCUCAUGCUUAAUGGCAUCUCAGCAUCUCGGACCCCUCGAACGCUGCAAGCCCGGCAGCAGCAGCAACAAGUCCAGCAGCAUUCAGGCCCGCAGUUAGAGCUUCCCUUGAUGCAGCCUCAUCAGAAUUGGACACCGUUGGAGACUCUGGCAGAGGUAUCUAGGAGGCAAAUCGACCACCUGAACGAGUACGGAGGCGAACAACCCCAUACACAACAUGGGGCGCACGAACCUUUCCCGGGUGCUUUUGCCUUGUCAGGCUCCACUGCACUUGAGCGUGCCGAGAUUCAGGAACAGUUCACCGUAGAUGACCAUUCGUCCCCAUAUAACGAGCAUCAGCCAUCUGAAGGGCCAGCUAAGGAAGGCCCGGGUGGCCAACCGAGCAUGACAGAGCACAUCCAGGAUCCACAUGAGCACAGCACAACGCCCACUGAAACUCCCAAUUUGACUGUCGCUGCGGCGGCAACCGCCAGGCUGAACAAUGCAAUGUUGGACCCUACACUAUUCCUCAAUCACAACCUCGGCGAAGAUCUCGCAAGGGCUAUAGAGACUGUCCAGGAUACGGAAGCCGCUCCAGGCCCUGCACCAGUCGCCGUUGCUUCCGAAGAACACGCCCCGCCUGCGACCCCCGAUCAUGUCUCACCACCUCCAGCACCUGCUCCACCUCCAGCUUCGCAGCCUGGAUCGCAGCAACCCUGGGGUGAGAUCACGUACAUGGCGAGCACACCACUUGCCCCGCCAUCUGCCGCCAACCAUCCAUUGCACGGAGUUCCCAUGUCUAGCAGAUCGGUUUUCCGGGUGGAUCAGAAUGGCUCAAAGUCAAGACAUUCCCGGGCGCGCUUCGAUGAGCAGCGCAGAAAAGAGGUUCAGCAGGUUCGGAAGAUUGGUGCAUGCAUCCGCUGCAGGAUUUUAAGGAAGACCUGCUCCCAAGGCGAUCCUUGUGACACCUGCCGCAAGGUGCUCUCCCCCAGGAUUUGGCGAUCUGGGUGUGUCCGCACAAAGUUCACUGAUGAACUCAAUCUCUACGAUGCUGGCGUCCAGAUCGUACAUUCGCAAAAGCAGAUCAAUGGUUUCAAGUCGACACUGAACUUGGACCAUCCUCCUGUGGUGCUCGAAGCCUCGCAUUUCCCGGGAGAGGGUUCCGCGAUCCUGGUCGAGACUCUCCGCGGGACCAAGCCCAAGGAGCCAGGCGCUGAACUUGCGGAAGACGAGCGCUGGGCAACGCCACAGAUCGUGAUGAUCAAUGACCAAGAGGAACUGUCUGGCAAAAUGGAGGCUUAUGUCAGAGAUCAGCUGCCUGUAUUUGCGCAAAAGGAGCGGGCGUCAUUCUCACGCAUCACUGUGGAGACAGCUCUCCAGAUUGCCCGCGAUGCCGACGAUAGAAAUCUGAGGCUGGCGCUUGAACUCUGGGGAUUCGUGGAAGUGAUCGACCGGGAGCUUAAGUGGAAUCUCGAAAUUUGUCCGUCCCCGGUCGCUCAACUUGCGGGAAAGUCUAUCACACAGGAAACCGACGCGGAGCUCUACAAGACUAUAUGCCUGCAGUUGACAGCCGCUGCGGAACGGAAAGCGUCGACUACCAGCAAGAAUCUGCUGACACAUAUGCAACGGGACCUGCAAGAUGCGAGGACCAGGAUUGGUCACGGCAUGUUUUUCACUAUACUGGUCCUGCUUAUCUGUGUUGAGAAGUCGACUUGGGCGUUCAAGGCCUGGGAGGAGAUGAGUAAGACCAUCAACUGCUGGCCUUUGGAGAGACUUCCAAGUGACUAUACCCAGCAAGGUUACAGAAUAUCCGAACUGUUAGGCAUGCUGUUGGGCAUUCGACGAGCUCUGCCAAAGACAGCAGUUCGAGAGAGCGACGGGGUUCUAAUUGUCGAGGACCAAGAUCCCGUUCUGCAGUCUUACUUUGAACGCAUCAAUUUGAGAGCUGCCGAUGUCGUCGCACAACAACAACAUGCUCCAUUCUCUGCCCUGGACUCGCGUACACUCGAGCUUCAUCUUUGCUCAAACUUGCUGUUGCCUUACCAAGAGGCCCAUCCUGCCUCACAUCAAGAUCAGGGAAUUGGAGGCCAGGGAAGCAGCCACGUCCCAGAACAUAGCUACACUCACGAGCCCAGCCCCGGAACCCCUUCGUCGGCUCCAGUACCUGCGCUUUCUGAGACGCCCGGGUUUUCUGGAGCCUAA